AUGCAGUUUGAGGAGCCCAACUUGACGCGGCGGCACAACCCACAGCGGCAGCGACGCGUGGAGGCGGCAGAGACGGAGCGGCAGAAUGGCCGGGUGCACCGGACGGACACAAAGCCAAGCAGGACUUUGCGGGAGGCCGUGGAUGCCUUCUUGAGCUCAGACGCACGCGUCAUUCAGUCCCUGAUGGUGGCCGUUAUCGUGCUUGUCGUGGUGUGCCUCGCGCUGAUUGGGGUGAGUGCCUGGCUGCUCUUGUACGGCGUCGGCGACGCACCAGCCGACGAGGCGUCCAGGAAGUUUUUCGACGACAACGCCGUCAUGGACGUCUGGCGCCUCUACGAGGCCGCGCGGAGGUCGGACGAUGAGUACCACAAGACGGCCCUGCGUGAGUACUUGACGCGCUACAAGGAGAAGGUGGAGCAGCGGCGCGAGGCGUGGAAGCUCAAGCACAAGGUCACCGAAGUCGACGUCAAGGACGUCGAGGGUGGGGAGGGCCCGAUCAUUCCGCCCCACACGCCUAGACCCGCGGCGCGCCUGCCGCCCCUCAUGGCGUCGCUGCGGGCGAUCCUAAACCGUAUUGAGCUGCAGGACCCGGAGGCGGGGCUGGAGCGCGCCGCCGCGUUUGUUGAGGAGCGGCUGGAAGAGGCAGCGACGACGGGGUCGCACGCGGGCGAGGCGGCCGAGGAGGGCGAAGCCGCCGAACCGCUGGAUGACAUUCUCUACCUGCAACUCCGCCGCCUGCACGCGGACGCAAGGCGCGACACCGCGGCGGCCGCGGCGUCGUCUCCGCAGCGCGACUGGUGGGACCGCGUCCGGGCGGCUGCCCCUUCGGUCUACACGAAGCGGUUUUACUACCCACUGCGGCGCUUCCACCGCGUGCGACGCUUUUCCCCGGAGACGCCGGCAGCCACCGCGGCGUGGUUCGACGCCCUCGUGGAUGACUACUACGGCGACAACGUCACCCACUUUUCCCCGCCGACGCUGCCCGACGGAUUCGCCGCGUCGGUUGCGCAGGUUCUCGCCAGCGGGGAGGCGGCCCACGCCACGCUUGCCUCGCCGGUCCACAGCGGCUCGUUGUUUGUCAAUAUCGCAAGCUUCCGUGACAAGGAGUGCUGGCCGACGGUGGACCACAUGAUUCGGCGCUCGACGAACAUGUUCCGCGUGUACUGGGGAAUUGCGCAGCAGAACUACUACACCGACCUCCCGUGCGUUUCCGCGGAUGCGCUGGAGCCGCAGCCGUGCGUGGCCGCCCCCGGCGGCUCGGGACCCGCGUUAAAUGCUGCGAAGUACGACGGCGCGGUCUGCUUUCCAGCGGAUAAUAUUCGGGUUCGGCGGAUUCGCUCGCACGCCGCCUUUGGCCCAACCCUCGGCCGCUACAUGGCGAUGCUAUUGUACAGUGGCGAGGACUACACCUUGGUGCUUGACUCGCACAAUCGCUUCGUCUACGCCUGGGACGCGCGCAUCAUCGCAAUGCAGCGGGCCCUGCAACACCCCAAAGCCGUCCUCUCGCACUACCCGGAGAGCUACGAGGAGACGGGGGGCGCCAGCUUCAAGUGGGAGCGCACGACCACGGCGUACCUGUGCCAGGCCAAGUUUCUCGAAUCGGCGGGGUACCUGCGGCUGAUUGGCAUCCUCGUGGAUGAAAUCGAGCAGUUCAGGCGGAAUGCGCGGCACGUGCGGCCGUACUACGUGCCACAGCUCCACUUGGACCCCAAUGUGCCGCGUCCGCUGCCGCAGCCGUGGGCGGCGGGGGGGUUCAUCUUUGCAAACGCGUCCAUCGUGCGCGAGGUGCCGUUCGAUCCGCACCUGCCGCACAUCUUUGACGGGGAGGAGGUGAUGUACUCGGUGCGGCUGUGGACGCACGGCUACGACAUUUACUCCCCCAGACGUGGUAUUUGCUACCACUUUUACGGCCGCCCAAAAGAGCCCAAGCUGUGGAAUGAGGCGCAGCGGUGGUACACCGUCCAGGCCCACUCGCGGCGUCGCAUUCAAUACUUUUUGCGGGCGCGGGUGAAGGGGGUGGAUGUGCUGCGGAUUCCGAAGAACAGCCAGGAACCUGUGGUGAUGAUGGACGCGGACCGGUACGGCACAGGGCGGCUGCGCAGCGUGGAGGCGUGGUACAAGUUCGCCGGCGCGGAUCCCGUGCGGUACGUGCUGGACGGUCGCUGGUGCGGCUGA